UAACAAGUCCGCGAGGCCAGCUUGCGGGCGCGGGUGGCCCUUGCCUCGCCUGAGUCCUGCCCCUGCGUGGUCAGCCGGGUCGAUGGCGCUCCUCAGGGGUGCGUGGGGCAUGCUGAGCGCCCUGGGGAGGUCCGGGGCAGAGCUGUGCGCCGGCUGUGGAAGUAGACUGCGCUCACCUUUCAGUUUUAUGUAUGUUCCAAGAUGGUUUUCAUCCACCAUGAAUGGGUAUCCGAAGAAACCUUUGAAUUCAUACGUUCGCUUUGCUAAAGAAAAGAUGAACAUAAUUAAAGCUCAGAACCCAGAUAUAAAAGUUACAGAAGUAAUGAAAAGAAUUGCAGAGCAAUGGAAGGAACUUCCUAAUGCAGAGAAAAAAGUAUAUGAAGAUGCUUACAAGGUAGAGUUGAAGGCAUACCAAGAAGAGAUGAAGAGAAUUAAUGAAGCACUAACUCCAGCUCAGAGAGCAUCUUUGGCAGAAAAUAAAAUACAGAAACGUUUAAAAAGGAAAGAAGUAAUAAGAAAGAAAGAGUUAUCAAUGCUUGGAAAACCAAAAAAAGCUCGCACAGCUUAUAACAUUUUUCUGUCUGAAUAUAUUCAGUCCUCUGAAGGUGCUACGAUACAGGAUAAAUGGAAGUCUGCGUAUGAAAACUGGAAAAAUAUGUCUAGUUCUCAGAAGCAAGUAUAUGAACAGCUUGCCCACGAUGAUAGAGUUCGUUAUUAUAAUGAAAUAAAAUCUUGGGAAGAACAGAUGAUUGAAGUUGGACGAAGUGACGAACGUUUGUCAGUCACAGUGUCUGCCCUGGAGAUGUUCAACUUGGUGUCAGCCGCAUCUUGGCGGAAGCAGAUCUGUGACGACGUAAGGGGCGCGGAGGGGUACUGGGGCGGAGUGCUAGAAGGACAAGAGGGAGAGGAGGCCGCCCUGGGCCGCAGCUGCGGCUCACCCCGCUCUCGCGGAAUCGCGGACUGCUGCUGGGAAGCCCCGCUGCGGCUGCGUGGCGCUGGUGUCCGGCUGUGCUGCUGUCUGGGGGCUCCCUGGGGCGGUGAGGCGCCAGCGCCAACCAGGAGGCACUGUGCGGGCUCGGGGCUCGGGCUCCCCACGCGGCACGGCUUCCUCCCCCAGCCCAAGCCCUUCCAACUUUCCUACUGCGCAGAUGCCGCCUCUCUGGCCUUGGGCGCUCCCCUCUUGGCUUCUGGAAACUCUCGUUCUUGGGCCCUGUGGCCCUGGCGGCCUCGGUCUCCUAGGUCAGGAUGGCACUUCUCCUGGCACGGUCACAACCGGACGGGGCUCCAGGAGGCGCCCCAGGGACCCCGAGUCCUGUAA